ACUUUGCAACAUGAUCCGCGCACAGCACUGAGAGGCCGGGCUCUGCGGUCCUGCGUCCUGCCACCAUCCUACCGCACCACAUGGAGACCGGACAGAGCCACAGUAACGGGGAAUGACAAAGGAAGAAGGUGGACCAUCUUUCUCCUCCUCUGGCUAUAUGAACCACGCACAGCAUCAGCAGCUCCUCACAAAGGCACACACAGAGAUGAGGGUGACGGGAAGUAAUGCUGGUGCUUAUUGCGGUCUGCGUCAAACCUCUCGCUCCUUCGGAAGAUAAUGCCCUCGGUGCCUCUUAAAGGACUUUCUGGGUUCAUUAUUAUUUUGCAUGUGAACACCCGUGCUGCAGGGGUCCAUGUUGUCAGCAUCUCGGGGUAAACAUCCAGCGGGGACAGCGAUGGUCACCCAGUCCCUCUCAGCAUCUGCAUUGUAAGGAGAAACUCGUCCUGUGGGAGUGGGAUUUUUGUGAGGGGAAUAUGCAGAGAUAAAGGACAGUUUUUUUUUUGUUGUUGUUGUUGCAUACAAAACCAGAUCAGAGCCAUAGUUUGGAUUACAAGGUGUUCGGUUGUUUACCAACAUGAACUCGCUGUUUUUCUCCGAUACGCCGCCCGGUCCGGUCUGCAACGUACCCACCGGGUCGGGCGCGGUGACCAGCGCCCUGCGAAAUGACCUGGGCUCCAACAUCCAUGUGCUGAAAACCCUCAACCUGCGCUUCCGCUGCUUCCUUGCCAAAGUCCACGAACUGGAGAGGAGGAACAAGCUGCUGGAGAGCCAGCUGCAGCAAGCUCUGCAGAGACCGCAAUACCGCCACCUUUACACCCGUGAAGUUGCCGUGCAGACGGACGGUCCCGAGUCGCGACUGCCGGGGACCAUCUGGAGUUUCACCCACGUCCGGAGGCAAGGGGAGCGCUUUGAGACCCUGCACGGGCCCGGGGUGACGUGGACGCACCCGGACGGAGUCGGGGUCCAAAUAGACACCAUUACCCCAGAACUGAGGGCUCUGUAUAACGUGCUGGCCAAAGUCAAGCGGGAGAGGGACGAGUACAGGAGAAAAUGGGAGGAAGAGCUGUCCAAACGACAGCAGCUGGAGUCCACGGUGGAAUCCAUGCAGCAGAGCGUCCAGGACUCAACCGAGGUCCAGGAUGAGCUGAACGAGAAGGUGGACAGACUGAAGGCUGAACUUGUAGUCUUCAAGAGUCUGAUGAGUGAUCAAAUGUCCGAUCUGGAUACCAAGAUUCAGGAGAAAGCCAGGCAUGUGGACAUGGACAUCUGCAGGCGGAUCGACAUCACGGCCAAACUGUGCGAUGUGGCUCAGCAACGCAACUCAGAGGACAUGUCAAAGAUGUUCACCGUCAGUCCAGCCAGGUCGCUUCCAGAGAGGGGUGCCGGGGCCUGCUGCAGGAGAAAAGAGCGUAAAGCCGUGUCGGAUGAGGAGAGCUCAGAGAUGGAUGCCGAGCCCAGCCCUUUAGAGGAGGAAACCCCAGGGUCGCUCAACAUCACAGACGAAAUGAAACGCAUGCUCAACCAGCUACAUUGUUCAGAUAACUCCUUUGUUGCCAGGCGCGAGACGUUCGAAAUUGACGACGACUGUGACAGUCUGACGUGGGAGGAAAACGAGGAGACUCUGCUGCUGUGGGAGGACUUCACAAACUACAACAUACCGUGCACCAUCGCCACAACAGCCUGCACAAACUCCUGCCCCACUGACGGCAACGCUGAAGCCGCUGAUCCAGACUCCCAGGAUGGAAGUCUUGGCAGCCUCAUUGAUGAAACAGAGUCACUAUUUAAGACCAGAGAGCAGGAGUACCAGGAGACCAUCGGCCAGAUCGAGAUGGAAUUGGCGACGGCAAAGAGUGACAUGAACCGACACCUGCAUGAGUACAUGGAGAUGUGCAGCAUGAAGAGGGGCCUGGACGUGCAGAUGGAGACCUGCCGACGGAUGAUUAAAGGAGGCAGGAACUCUCCCUCUGUCAGCUCCGUGGCCAGCAGCGACUCAGGGAACACAGAUGAGAUCCAGGAUGAGAUUUCGGACAAGGACGCAGAGGCUGAAGUGCCCGUUAGUUGAUGGCCGCAUAGCUGGGCUUUGUCCCAUCUCCUCCUGAACGCCACUCAUUCUCACAGGGGCUAAAUGUGUAUAGAGCUCCAUCCUGCUAGAGAGGUGGAACAACUUUAAUCUGGGCCUGUUUUACCUAAAUAAAGUUCUGAUAGUCGUGCUCACUGAUGCACGCCCAGAACCGGUGCUUUUAUACUAUUUCUGUUGUUUAGAAAGUGGUGGUAGGGUGUCUUUGCUUCACAAAGAUAAAGGGUGCAAAUAGUCCGAGCUGUGCUCUCUUCCUCACUGCUGCCUCGCUGGAUCCUUGUCCAGAGCUUCACAUCAUUUUAGGGGAGCAGAAAAAAAAAUCUCAAAUGUUUUAAACCGGCUGAGAAGUAUUUUGUACAAAUUCUUACCCUAUUAAUGUCCUUUUUUUCUAAAGGAAUUGAAAAUAGUACAUAUUGUGCUCCUCGACAUAACAAAAAGUAGAUCCAUCUUUAAAUAUACUUUUUAAUAUUUAAUUUCAAUUUAAAAAUCUCUGUACCCUUCCAUUGGACCAUUAUUUUGUUUUUGACAUGAUUUACGAGAGUCCAGGUGGGGUGUUUGCAAUCCAAAUUAAACAGCUUGGGGUUUAAGUGUCUUCUGCCAAGGAGACAAAACAAGGAGUGGAGACGAAUGGUGUUGGAGUCCUGGUGGUUUCUGAGGGAACUCUGCAGAGUUGCCAAAGUUGACAGAGGAAAGGAGCACAGCCUUUUGAUGCAUCAGUGCACUACUGACGUUCUAUGCAAUUUAGCUGGCCUUAUUUUUGGACUGGCUUUUCACCCUUCCUCGUUUCUCUUUAAACCAGUACAGUUAGCCUUUUAAGCAAAGCAGGUGUUUUCUAUGUAUCAUUUUGAGAACUUUUCUUUGUGUAUGUGUGUGUGUGUGUGUGUGUGUGUGUGUGUGUGUGAAAUAAUCUUAGUAUGGGACAUUUGUUUUUUCAUGGAAAGUCAACAGUAAAAACUGGAACAGUGCCCCCCUCAACAAGGGACUAAUAUCUUCAUUCACUACUAUAAUCAACAUUUGCCAGAUGCUACUUGCUACUGAAACAGGCAGUGCAUUGUUGUGAUUCUGAUGUAUGCUGAUGAAUUGUUCUUGUCUUGUGCAUUUUGUAUUGUGCACAUCAAGACAUAUCAUUUUAAAUGGCUAAAAUCCAACAGUUCUUAUAAUAGAAAUCAAUUUACAGUCAAUAAAGCCAGACAAUACCCUCCAACGUCUUAAGCAAAACCAAAGGACACAUUUUGAAAAGGCUUCCUUUCACAUAAUCUUCAUAAAUGAUCAUUUUACGUCUUCUUUUUUAUUUUUAUGUUGGAGACACAACUUCUUUGUUGAUGCGUGGUUUCAUUAUGAGACUGUAUCCUGUUGUUCUGCAGGGGACUCUGUUCCAGGCGGGUUGCACAUCCUGCUUUGCCUCCUCUGAAUGAGCUAAAAGUGUCAGACUGUACAUAGAGGGCUGUCGGCAUGUGAUCAUACACCCCAGAGGCCUUUUUGUUCAUAUUAGUCUUUUUUGCAACAAACUGAGAUGUCUCACAAAUUCGCUUUUCAGUGCUCUCACUCACUGGAUUAGCGUAGGAACCGACCAACGCAUGGGGACAGAAGUGAUCUUUUUAUCACCUGUUUGUAUUAUAAUGUAUGUACGGUUUGCUGGAUCAAAGAUUAAGUGCUACUUCUAUCUUGAAGUUUUACAAAAGCAGAAUGUUAAAACACAGGCCUUUUGUCAUUUCAGCAUGUUUGUGUGGAGAAAAAGAGCUAUGGGUCUUUUUUUUUAUAACAUUAUUUUUUUUAAACUAAAUUGCUGCAAUGCAGACUGUGUGCUACGUUUUUAAUCAAAACAGUGUCUAUCCUAAUCAUUAAUUAAUUGUACUUGUGGCAGAAAAUGUAUUUUUCACUGUUUUUUAAUCAUUCUACGUUAACCAAAAAGUGUGUUAUUGUUGCCAUAUUCAGCUUUUUGUUGAUUUCGCAGGACUAUUAAAACUUGUUCCAGACGUUUUGGUCACUUAUUGACCAGAUCAGCUCACCCAUAAUAAAAACUAAUUGAUCAUAUAAGACAAGAAUGAGGAAGAGUCCUGCUCACAGAGAACCUUCAUGUCUUUUUAUGUUUGAGUUGAUGUAAAACCAGCCUGAUAAGUAACGAAGAGCCAUUCUUUUAUUGGUACUGUACUUUGUAUCGAUGACAUGAAACGCUUUAUUUAUUUAUGGUACGACUGCUAACAUCCAGAAUAGUUGUAUUUCACUCCUCCUCGUUGAGAUUGUAGCCCACACAUACCACUCAGACCAUCACACUAACCAGCCAACCAAAGCAAAGUGUACAGUAAACAUGACAAAGAUGUAAAUCAAGCUAUGAAUCCUACUAACUCUGGAAAGUCUGUUUAUACAAGCCAACCACGGAUGUGUUAGUUUGCAGACAUUUACCUGAUUUUUUUCCCCCCAAAAUCAGCAAUUCUAUGACACAUGAAGUGUGUUAUCUCCCUUUUCAUCUCUUGAAGCAGGUCAAAUUCCAACGACAUCCAGUCGAUAAAACUGUAGCAACCCUCCUUAAUGAAUGUAGCUUGAUUGGAGGCUUCCUCUAAAGUCCUUACAAGUAAAAGCUGAGCAAAAAAAAGAUAAAAAUGUAGCUGUUUAAAUCCAGGGAUAUAUGGUGUGCUGUUACUUACUGGAGACCUUGGUAUGUUUUGCUUUAUUAAACGUGUUCUUACCUGACCAACUUACAGUAUGUGACCUAGGUGUAUGUAAAUGAGAUCCUGGUGGAUGUGAAUGUUUCAUACUAAAAAGGGUUUUAUACGAUUGGUUUUUAUCAGUGCAGCACUGGGAUUAUACGGUUGUGUUAACUGUGGUGUCAACAUACAGUUUUACAUGUUCAUCGGCAUACCUGUUCAAUGUAAUUAUUGCCUAUGUUUAAUUUCAUAAACAUGACGGGGAGAUAAAAGGUGCAGCAAUACUUAUUUGGGUAAAAUUUACCGAACUGUAUUGGACAGUUUUUGUGUUUCAUUUGCAUUAUCCUGUUGAUUUCAUUUUAAGUGGUUGAUUCGUCUGCUUUAAUUUAAUUGCUUAUCUCUCCUAGAUUUGUGGGUUUAUUUUGUUUAAACUAUUGGUACAAUGUAUUCAUGUGGGUUUGGGGCAGGCUAUUUCAAAAAUGAUGAAUGUACUCAAUUGAUAUUGGGGGUAAAAUGAAAUAAAAUGGUGGGUUGCAUAAAAA